CCCUCGUUAAGAACAGUGGCUCAAGCUUGUAGCUGCAGUGGCGUCUUGCAUUACCUAGUGCUGUGUGUGCUGGUUGCGAGCUGCGAAGUGUUGCACGGAAGAGCACGUCUGAAUGCGUACUGUCCGUCGUACGGUGUACAAAAGGCACCGUCAGCAUGAGGCCCCCCACCGGCGCUGGCCGUCUCUACCCAACCUUGCAGCGGGAGGAGGAGGCAGUCUACCCAGCUCUCGGGGCGAGCAACCUCAACUCGAGGGCCCCAGCUCACCUGGGGGCCCUAGGCCCCUGUCCAGCGCCUGGCACACUGCGCUCGGAGCAGCGGCCAUGAACCGAGACCAGCAGCGGCGGAGGCCCCCUCGGAAGGGCCCCAAGGUGGUCGAGAGGCCCACCAGGGCCCUCUUCUGUCUGGGGCUUAAAAACCCGCUUAGGAAACUCUGUAUCAGCGUCGUCGAGUGGAAGCCUUUUGAAUAUCUAAUUUUGUUGACGAUUUUUGCCAAUUGUGUGGCUUUAGCUGUUUAUACUCCCUAUCCACUUAUGGAUUCCAACCAAGUCAAUGCAACCCUGGAAAAAGUGGAGUAUAUAUUUCUAGUGAUAUUUACAGCAGAAUGCUUUAUGAAAAUUAUUGCCUAUGGCUUCCUUCUACAUCCGGGUGCUUACUUACGUAAUUCAUGGAAUAUGCUAGAUUUCGUAAUCGUAGUUAUAGGUCUUAUCAGUACUGGUUUAUCGCAUUUCCUGAAGGAGGGCUUCGACGUGAAAGCCUUACGAGCAUUCCGAGUUUUAAGGCCUUUAAGAUUAGUGUCUGGAGUGCCAAGUUUACAAGUCGUUUUGAAUUCCAUUCUCAAAGCCAUGGUGCCUUUACUUCAUAUAGCUCUUCUUGUGGUGUUUGUGAUCAUCAUCUAUGCCAUUGUGGGACUGGAGCUGUUCUCAGGAAAAAUGCAUCAGACAUGCGUCAAUAAUGAAACGGGGGAGUAUGCGGAUAAAGAGCCACACCCAUGUGGCGAUAGCGGUUACCUGUGCAAUGCGGAGAACAACGAGGUGUGCAGAGGCGAUUGGCCCGGCCCAAACUUCGGCAUCACCAAUUUCGACAAUUUCGGCCUCGCCAUGCUCACUGUCUUCACGUGCGUCACCAACGAGGGCUGGACGGGCAUCUUGUACAAUAUUAACGAUGCCAUAGGAAACUCUUGGCCCUGGAUCUAUUUCAUCAGCCUUAUCAUAUUAGGUUCUUUUUUCGUCCUUAACCUCGUUCUUGGUGUCCUUAGCGGUGAAUUUUCUAAAGAAAGGGAGAAAGCAAAAGCGAGAGGCGACUUUCACAAACUACGAGAGAAGCAGCAAAUAGAAGAAGAUUUAAGGGGUUAUUUGGACUGGAUAACGCAAGCAGAGGACAUCGAGGCUGAUGACAAGGAAAGCGGGGAGGACCGUAUGACGAGUCAACUCGAAACUGUCAACGAAACACGUGGCGAAGGUGACAGCGGCAGUGGUGACGUUGCUGUCCCUUCCUGGUGGUCAGCCAAGACCAAACAGUUUAGCCGUACAAAUCGACGGCUCCGGAGGGCCUGUAGGAAGGGUGUCAAGUCCCAGGCCUUUUAUUGGAUCGUCAUCAUCCUGGUGUUUCUGAACACCUUAACGUUGGCCUCGGAACACCACCACCAGCCCCCUUGGCUGGAUCGCCUUCAAGACGUGGCCAACAUGUUCUUCGUGGUGCUUUUUACUCUGGAGAUGCUUCUGAAGCUGUACAGUCUGGGUUUCCAGGGUUAUUUUGUGUCCCUGUUCAACCGUUUUGAUUGCUUCGUCGUCAUCAGCUCUAUCCUAGAGACUGUAUUCACGUACACGCAUAUUAUGCCUCCGCUCGGAGUGUCUGUGCUACGAUGUGUGCGUUUGCUUAGGAUUUUCAAAGUCACCAAGUAUUGGUCGUCACUACGCAACCUGGUGGCAUCGUUGAUCAAUUCUAUGCGUUCAAUCGCCAGUUUGCUGUUACUUCUGUUUCUCUUCAUUGUUAUCUUUGCACUACUGGGGAUGCAAGUUUUCGGCGGGAGAUUUAACUUUAGAGCCACCGAAGACAAGCCUCGGAGCAAUUUUGACACCUUCUGGCAAGCCCUUCUAACAGUGUUUCAGAUACUUACCGGUGAAGAUUGGAACGUUGUGAUGUACCACGGGAUCAACGCCUUUGGAGGCAUCGGCUCUGGAGCCUUUGCCUGCAUCUACUUUAUUAUUCUUUUUAUCUGCGGUAAUUAUAUUCUUCUCAACGUUUUCUUGGCUAUCGCCGUUGACAACUUGGCCGACGCAGAGAGCCUCACUGCCAUUGAAAAGGAGGAAGAGGAACAAGCACAGGAAGAAGAAGAGGAGAAAGAAGAGGAUGAGGAGAAAGUUGAACGGAAGAGGUCGAAACGUCGCCGGCGGAGGAGGAGUAGAAAGAAAGGAAAUGACGAAACACAAAUAGGAGAAGACGGAGAGAAAGUAGAUAAAAUUGUAGAUGCCUCACACAUGAAUCAUGCACCUUUAAUACGGAUAUCCAGGGACAAGUUAGACAAGAGUCAAGUACAAAUCAAAGUAGAAGACACAAGUGCAAGCGUAGAAGACUGUGCCAAAAAUACAGAUCAAGAAGGAGAGGAUGACGAGGCAGAGGGUGAUGAAGAUGAAAAAGAUGAGGAAGAGGAUGAGGAGGAUUAUGGGGAGGAAGAUGAAGAAGAUGAGGAGGACGAGGAGGACGAAGAGGAAGAGGAGGCGGAAGAAGUGACGGCGCGACCAAGGCGACUGUCGGAACUCAACAUCCAAACCAAGAUCCACCCAAUCCCCGAAGCCAGCUCCUUUUUCAUCUUCUCACAGACAAACAGCAUACGGGUUUUCUGCCACAAAUUCAUCAACCACAGUUAUUUUGGGAACUUCAUCCUGGUGUGCAUUCUAGUGAGCAGUGCCAUGUUGGCCGCGGAAGACCCUUUACGAUCGCAAUCGCAUCGAAAUCAGAUUUUAAAUUAUUUUGACUACUUCUUCACUACUGUCUUCACAGUUGAGAUUACAUUAAAAAUGAUUACUUACGGCGUAAUAUUACACAAAGGAUCGUUCUGCAGGAGUUACUUCAAUCUGCUAGACGUCCUUGUCGUUUGCGUAUCACUAGUUUCAUUCGGAUACGGAGACGGUACGAUAUCCGUGGUGAAGAUUCUCCGUGUCUGCAGAGUGCUUCGCCCUCUUAGAGCUAUCAACAGGGCAAAAGGCCUCAAGCAUGUCGUUCAGUGUGUCAUUGUGGCAGUGAAAACUAUCGGCAACAUCAUGUUGGUGACUUUCCUCCUCAACUUCAUGUUUGCUGUAAUUGGAGUGCAGCUAUUCAAGGGCAAGUUCUUCAAAUGCAACGACCCUUCGAAGCUUACAGCUGAUGAGUGCAGAGGCAAGUUUAUAAUCUACAAAGAUGGAGACAUAACGAAACCUGAGGAGACUUUGAGAGAAUGGGAGCAGCAGGACUUUCACUUCGACGACGUCCUUAAGGCCAUGCUCACGCUUUUCACUGUCUCUACCUUCGAGGGAUGGCCAGAUCUGUUAUACGUAGCCAUUGACUCGAAUGAAGAAGACCGAGGUCCUUUGCACAACUACCGGCCGCUCGUGGCGGUCUUCUUUAUUGUUUACAUCAUCAUCAUUGCCUUCUUCAUGGUGAAUAUCUUCGUCGGUUUCGUCAUCGUCACAUUUCAAAACGAAGGAGAGCAAGAAUUCAAGAACUGCGAACUUGACAAGAACCAGAGGAACUGCAUCGAAUUCGCGCUGAAAGCCAAGCCGAUUCGUCGCUAUAUUCCAAAAGCUCGGUUCCAGUACAAGAUGUGGUGGUUUGUGACGUCUCAGUACUUUGAGUAUGCACUCUUCGUACUCAUAAUGGCAAACACCUUGAUAUUAGCUAUGAAGUUCCAUGGUCAAUCCAAACCAUACACCAAGGUCUUAGAUGGGCUGAAUAUGUUCUUCACUGCCGUAUUUGCCCUAGAGUUUAUUCUCAAGAUUAUAGCGUUUAAAUUCAAGAAUUACUUUGGUGACGCCUGGAAUGUCUUCGACUUUAUCAUUGUGCUUGGAAGCUUCAUUGAUAUUGUAUACUCUGAAGUUAAUCCCGGUACCAAUAUCAUCAGCAUCAACUUCUUCCGUCUAUUCCGCGUCAUGAGGCUGGUGAAGUUGCUGAGCAAAGGAGAAGGCAUCAGGACACUACUUUGGACCUUUAUCAAAUCCUUCCAGGCCCUGCCGUAUGUUGCCUUACUUAUUGUUAUGCUGUUCUUCAUUUACGCCGUCAUUGGCAUGCAAUUGUUUGGGAAGAUUGGAUUGAACAAUGACGACAGUGCCAUAGACCGGAACAACAAUUUCCAAACAUUUCCACAGGCUGUACUGGUGCUCUUCAGAUCAGCAACUGGAGAAUCGUGGCAGGAAAUUAUGCUCUCGUGUCUGCAUGUGGACGGAGUGAGCUGCGACGAAGCCUCCGAAGAAGCUCCCGGAAGCCUUUGCGGAAGUGACUUUGCCUUGAUUUAUUUUAUUUCCUUCUACAUCAUCUGCUCUUUUUUGAUUAUCAACCUUUUCGUUGCUGUCAUCAUGGACAACUUUGACUACCUCACGCGUGAUUGGUCUAUCUUGGGCCCUCAUCACUUGGACGAAUUUGUCCGACUCUGGUCAGAAUACGAUCCUGACGCCAAGGGUAGAAUCAAGCAUCUGGACGUAGUCACGCUUCUGAGGAAAAUUCAGCCACCGUUGGGCUUUGGAAAGCUUUGUCCUCACCGUGUGGCUUGUAAGAAAUUGGUUUCCAUGAACAUGCCUCUCAACAGCGAUGGCACGGUAAUGUUCAAUGCAACACUUUUCGCUGUAGUACGGACAUCGCUCAAGAUUAAGACGGACGGUAACAUCGAUACUGCCAAUGAAGAACUGCGAGCGAUCAUCAAGAAGAUCUGGAAGCGUACGAGUCCCAAACUUUUAGAUCAAGUAGUCCCACCUGCCGCGGAUGAUGACGUCACAGUGGGCAAGUUCUACGCCACGUUCUUAAUCCAGGAUUACUUCAGGCGAUUCAAGAAAAGGAAAGAGGAGCGAGCAUCCGAAAAGGACGCCAACGAAAGCACCGUUGCGUUGCAGGCGGGUCUGAGAGAACUGCACGAAAUGGGUCCAGAGAUCCGCAGGGCUGUGUCUGGCAACCUGGACCAGGACUUCGAAGACGGCCGGGGCAACGAGCCCAUGCAUCGACGGAACCACUCCCUGUUUGGGAGCAUGUGGUCGUCGAUACGUGGUAAGCCCGGAACUCACCACACGAGGACUCUGCAAGUGAACGCGGCCGCCCAUGCCAAGGUGUCACCCACCAGUUCUUUGGACGUGUCGCCCCGCGGGGCGUCAGAUCCAAAUCAUGUCAAACUCAGGCGUGACGGAGGGAUUCCCCUGCAACGGGGGAGUCCAAACUCGAGCUCAUCCUCCGAAUGCCUGGAACAGUUGGGCGCCUCAUCCCCAGCCACCACGACUCCUCAGGUGACGUCACACCCGCCGUCGCUUUCGGCCGGUAGUUCUCCGUGCCUCCGCCGAGCGCCGCCUUCGUCGUCGUCUCCAGCCUGCAGCUCCUGUGGGGAAAGCUCGCUGGCAGACAAGGACGGGGGCGGGGCUGCGGCACAUGGGCCCGAGGCUAUUCCUCUGCGAUCACUCCGACGCUCCAGGUCCGCUCGGCAUGCGGACGUGACGUCACUGCUCUUCGCUUCCGACUCGGACAGCCCAUUCUCCGACAGAAGGCCGUCAGCAGCAUCGACCUCUUCUCGAAAGCAUUCCUUCCGCUCAGACUACUACCUCUGCGCACAUCCACGUAGCACAACUGCAGACCUGUCAUCGGACCAGAGCAGUGUGGGUACGACCCAGGCACCCCCUACACCCCCACCCCGCCGGUUCGGGGUGGGCGGAGGUAGUUUCCGACUGCCGUGCCUCAGCAAGCAGGACAGCCACGAACGCCCCAUCCUCAGCUGCAGUUCCAGUUCCCACGAGACCCCGCCCCCCGUUGCCCCUUCGAUGCCUUUUGACGGGGUCUCAACGCCCUAUCCCGCUUCGCCUUUGCGCAGGAUCGCGGCUUCCCUACGGCAGGUGCCUUUGCCAGCUAUGGCUGUUGCAGGGCUUGCUGACCCCAUAGGAAGACAAGGAAGCCCGUCCCGCUUCGUGCCCCUGCAUCGUGCCUCCUACCAUGGUUCCAGGGGCAGCCCUGCCAUGGACCAAAAUCACCUGGGUGCAAGGAGGAGGCCUGACGACCCCAUGGGAGCUUUUGUAGGGAGUGCGGAGAAUCUCGUUGGGAGGGUGCUGCAUGAACAAGGUCUCGGAAAAUACUGCGACUCGGACUUCGUGCGCGCCACCCAACGGGAACUGGCCGAGGCCUGCAACCUAACCCAGGAGGAGAUGGACCGCGCAGCUCAUGAGAUCUUGCAGGCAGAAAGGCGACGUUGCAGCUUGCCCUACCUCCACCCUGGCUUGUCCGCAGAUUUCUACACAGAGCCAACGUCUCCCGACGACACCCUCGCAUCCAUCUCCAUCCCUGUUGAAAACCCCGCUGAAGACACCGUCGCCCCGAAGGAAGCCUCUCCGCUUCAUUCGUCCCCCGACAAUUCCCAGCAAGACCCUGCGUUCAAAGACACCCCCUUAUAGCAGCGGUGGCACACACUUUUCUAGGCGAACAACGGCGGCCGCUGUGCUGCAGAAAAUGACGUCAUGGCUCCACGCUGACUGGCGUGGCUUGCAUUGCUCCGUGAGGCAUGAUGGGAAUUGUUGGUUGUAUCCCCUUUGUUAACCGUUUAAAUGGGACGUGCAGAGUUGGCAAGCCGUUAUCUAAUCUGUCGCAAAUGUUUCGGAAUGCUAUUUCGUAUUCUGCACCGGUUUUAAGUCUAGGCGAUACACUCAUUUUGUCCAGUGACUUUUAAAAAAACAACCUUUUUGCAUGGCAACCCCCAUAGGGUUUUAUAGUCUCCAUACGUUCCUGCGGCGCCUGUUGUUGUUUCUGUUUGCGUGCUGAUUACUGUGAUUUUUCUUUUUUUCGUGAAGAUAUUGCAGUGUACAUACAACCUGUACAGCGAUGAUGAAGAGUGUGUAGUGGUGCACAUGCACGCGUUUUGUCUUUCCGCCAUUGUUUCCGGAGUGAUGGUAGAACACCGAUGACGUCACAGAGGACUUUCGUGCGGUGAUUGUGCGGCGAACGUUCACUGGUCGAACAUGGUCGUGCAACGCCCUUAGUGCCUUCUCACAUCAAAUCAGUGCUUCUUUUUCUUCGGUAGCCGAUUUUUUCUUCUGCUUGCUGUGGUUCUCUUACUCCCCCUCGUUAUGCAAAAGACUGUGUGUACCCUUGCAUUCAAGAAGAGUGCGUUUUGGCCCACGAGAAUGCUGCCUGGAGCAGGCUGUGCUCAUGCAGUCACCACGAAGACCCAAGCUCAUUUGAAGGAACAAACAACUGUGCCACGCGUCCCAUGUUUUGAGGUGUUGGUUCCAUAAUUAUGGAGGACGAGGAUCAUAUCCUUUCGUAGUGAACUCAGAUUGUUACUACUAUCUGAUAACAUUUUUCUCGUACACUGUAUUUGUUGCUGGUGUCAUUCUUGAGACUACUCCGUUUAGUCCUCGCUAAUCUCAUUAUAGAAGAGACAGCAGUGUGUGGUGAUACAGUGUUGCCACAAGUCUUCUCCGGUCUCUGGAAGAACGCGUCGCUUUGUCUGCAAUGUCAAAUUUUACAAGAUUUUUUAUGCUUUGUGUUGGUGGAUAAUCAGUGUCGCUGUUGGCUUUUGGCAGUGGAUGUUUUUACUUCUGUUGCAAUGAAUCGUUAGGAGCACAAAGUGUACGUUUAUUUUUGCUUGCAUUUCGCAGAUUACCUCUCAGUUUACAACGAUAACCGCAAGCAAUGCAUUCUGCUGCUAGAACUAGAGGUGUGCGCCGAAAGCAAAUUUGUCGGCGGCGGCGUACCUCCUGUUUUUGUGCCGGCGGCGGCGCCACGCCGAUCUCCUCCUAUCGACGUGACCCUUCUCCGCCCCUGUCCCGCUUCUGUAAGUGUUAUGUAAAAGUGCGGCGUGAACACGAUGCCGUCGUUUCGAGCACUAAGUUUCGAAGCUUUUAAGUACAAAUUAUUGACAGCAUGCUCUGAAUGGACGACUGUCGGAAAAAGCAGAGUUAUAUUUCGGAUUUAACCAAUACAGAGAACGUGUACGGGCUCUUGCCGCGGCUAGCUCUUGCAGUAUCGGCGGCGGCGCACACCUCUAGCUAGAACUCCCGGACCUCUGCGCUCUCGUUCGGCUACGUCGUUGCAUACAACCCGGAUAGUACGAUGCUCAAAGUCUAUACUAGACAACUACAAAUUCGGCAUUAUCUCCGUAUUGUGUAUAGGCUUUAACGUUUACAGAACUAGUAAUUACGUUAUAGUGUAACAUUCUAAGUCAUUAACGAUAUGAAUAACGUGUUACUGGAUGGAACGAGAGCGCUGAGGAGGGUUCACAGAAAAUUAACCCUCAUUACGUUAGUAACGUACACUCACAUUGCAGACAUUUAAAGGGACGACUUUACAUUGCAUUGCCCUGUAUACCAUGUGAAGUUGUGAGAGAUGCAGGCAACCUUCUUGAGAUCCACCAAGCACUGACUUAGAACUCAAUGCUGCUGUUGCUAUGGAAACCAAUUUUUUGCUGCAGUUUUUGCUAGCUUUUCAUGACACUCUACACUUUGGUGUUCACCUUUCCAAAUCAUGCAAGGCAUAUAUAUACAUCACUGUACAUUUUGUACAUUUUUGAUGCUACACUUCAAGGUUGUAGUGCAUAGCAGAGUCAAUACACUGAACUUCAUUAACUAUAUAGUGACCAGUUUCGACGGCUGAUAUAGAAUGACAAAUUUCGAGCGAACAUUAUUGAAGUGCCUGACACCUGUAAGGUGUCCCACUUAGUUGCACAUUUUUCAAUUGUGAUAUCGGAGGUUAUCUAGAUGCGCAUGCUGAGUUCGGUUCUCUGUAUACCUUGUACGCUUGUGUUAAGAACGCUUUUGUGAUAUAUCUGGGCGUGUAAAGUGAAGCGAGACGCACAAGUGAAACGGUUGUUUUAGUCGGCGACCAAUCAGACGAUACACCUCUUAGUUCGUGUUGCAUUCUAAGUUUAUGUUACGCGUCACAUGAAAUGGGGGUGUGGUAACACAAGUUGACGUUAGUGGAAUGAUUAAUUUAAGUGUCGGAUCCUACGACAUGUAGGAACUUCUUUUGUGUGUGUGUUGUAUGCUGAACUCUAACUUAGCCAAGCACAGCGUACGAUUGUAUACAACAACAAAGGGAGGGAAGCAGUGUUCGAUCCUUCCCGAACGAAAAACAACAAAGACAUGGAAGAAGUGUAUUUGGGACUAUACAAAGCGUUUUUCUUUGUCCCUAGCGGAAUUUUUUAUAAUAAAGCUAUGAUAGUUAAGUCUAGACGCGGUUUUCAUAUGCGGCCAGGUGGCGGGACGCGUACGUAACUACUGACAAAGCCAAGACUACGCACUUCUCGAGCGCAACGACAUGACCUUCGGCUUAUGUUGGCUGGAAAGCGAUCUAUCUAGCCAACCAGCGCCUGCUCCAGUCAGCCCCAUCGCUACAAAACACGUGACCCUCCGACGCGAACGCUCGUCGCUCCUUUUGUGCUCGAGAAGCGCCAAGUUUCGGUUUCGGGUUAUUUGCAUAGCGAUAGCAUUAGCAUAGCGAUAGCGUUGCGUUUAGCGAUUUAUAUAUCAAAGUGCCUGCCCGUUUCAUGUUUUUUUUUUUAACAGAGUGAAUUUUGAAGUAUUAUCUUCUCAAAUCUGCUGCCUCGCAUUUUACCGAAAACAUAUAUUUAAAAGGUGAACUAAUGAAUUUUAGGUAAUUAGUCGUCACGUAGUUACGUGUGCUUUCCCACAAGAUGUCCGCCUGGCCGCAAAAGUGCUGCCCUCAUUGAUUUUUUAAUCUCUACAUAAAUAAAUAAACACCUGGUAUAAUCAACGCGACGAACAGUGUUUGUUCAUGGCCUCUAACCCAAUUGGCUAAGUGCCGUACUUCCACGCAGAGAACAACAACGUUAGGUAUGAACAUGGAAUGACAGGAUACGUAUUUCAUAAAUUCUAAUGCUUUACACUUCAGCCUGAUUGCUGUCAAGCGAUCCGAUGAACAAAAUUUGUUCACGUGUGCGUUUCGGAAAGCCUAUGCAACGUACCAUUUUAAAAACAACGGCGAUGUCGACAGAGCAUUCGCCGCAACAUUUUGAACGCUUCGGUCGAAGUUUAGUAGCAGCCACAGCAAGAUCGAUGGCACAGAAAUAUUUUGGACUGCUCGUGGCAGUCGUGCCAAAAACGCCUGUCCGAGCUGUAUUUUUUUUCUUUCUUUCUCUUUGGGAAAUCUGUACCUUUGCAGAAUAUUGGGUUGGCGCUUAUUUAGAAGUAUUGUGAUACGUGAAUAGUGACUGUACAGAAUACUGUAGAAGGAAAAAAAAUUGCUAUAGAGAACAACAGCCCGAAAAAAAACGUGCUCAAUAACUUCGCAUAAUAUAUAAUGUCCAGUGUUUCCACUGGGAGUGUUACAGCAGCUAAGGUUUGACGACCGCGUGUCGGAUGUAAAUGCAUUUAGAGAGUUAGUGCGAGGCAGGUUUGUCAUGUUCUGCGAGAGUAUCUUACAAGCACAAAUAUAUAACAUCCAACUUUUACCGUGAACUGUUUCGCGUGAGCACAGAAACCAAGCGAUGCAUUUAGUUUUAAAAAAACUACUACUGCAAUGUACCGACGACACGUAAUUCUUUGAUACCACGCAGACUUCACUGUAUAACGUCAUGCAGCAGCGGGCAAAAAUUGUCUGUUUUCUCAAAAGGCAUCCUUCGUAAACGCAGUUAUCCGUUUGUUUGUUUGUUUUAGUAAUGGCUACAGAACAAAACGAAAAAAAAAACAUUUAGCCGACAAUCACGUGGUAGGAAUGUGUAGACAAAUUUAUGUACUUCAACACUUUGCAAACAGAAAGGGACGUAGAAGUCGUCUGCAUUCACAUUCACAUUUCCUGAACACAGUCCUUCCAAGCAUUUUUGUGAGACCAUUAACAAGUGUCUUGAGUAGCCAUAUAUUUAUAGAGGUACCUUCACAAGCGUUACCUUUACCCUCUUUUAAGUAUGCCUUUUCGGUAUAGCGUUUACUAUGGUUUGCUUCGUUACAUUGAAUGAAAGUGCUGUCACGUAAGAUUCUAUUAAAGAUAUUCGCUGUUGUUCCUUGCAUUAGGUGACCUCGCAAAAUGUUUUUUUUUUAAUAUGCAUAAUGUGUACUUCGUGGCUAUUGAUGAGAAUGCUUUAUUGCACUGAUUUUCACUCACAAAAUCCACUUAAACAGUUCCAGCUGGAACAGGCAGCAAUGAAUACAGUUGUAGCCUCUUUUAUGACAGAGAAUUGAAACUGCAGCUCGUUGUAAAGGCAUGUUUUGAAUUUUUAAGUUGUUUCCAUUUUGUACUCCCAGUAACGAGGUACUUGUUAGGAACCUUAGCAAUUUUGAGAAUGUUACACUAACCAAACGUGGUGGGUGUUGACUUGAAAAAAGCGUGGCAAACACCGUGUAGAAAACGAAGUGCCAAAGUGCUAGUCUGAGACUGCUGAUGAAAUAAAGUAUUAAUUUAUA